GGAGCUGGUGCAGGGAGAGGGGGGAUUGUAGGAGGGCAGAAAGAAGGAGGUGAUUGUUGGGGAGAAGGGAAACAUAUAAAGAUGAGAGAGCAAGAGGAAAGACAAGGAGAAGAGCUCACUCACAUUUUGAUAAAGCUUUUGCAAACAACAGACAGCACGAUGGCUGCCAGCAGAGACCUUGCUUUUCCCCUGGUGAUUGUUUGCAUGGUCCUCAUCAGAGGUUACUCUCCCCUGCCUACGACAUCACAAGUUGCUGGGAAUCCUAUGAAACCACGUGGGUUUUCGACCGAGGCCUUUGUGCUUCACUCAGAGGAUUACCAUCAAGAUGAAGACACAGUCACCCCUAUUUUACCCAAUACAGUGUCUUCAGUUAAAUGGACCUUUCAGCGAUGCGACUACAAACCCUGUCUCGAGAAUCAGAUCCCAUGUGCUGAUCUAGCAGCCUCCACUGGCUGCUCGUGUCCAGGGAUCACUUUACAUAAUGUGGCUCCAGAGGCUCCCAACCUGAAGUCAGUGUCCUGGAAUGGGUCAGAGGUUGUAAUUCGGUGGUGUGCACCUAAUUCAUAUGUCACAGGUUAUAUUGUGACAGUAGGGGGGCAAGAGAGGCAGAAGUUUGAGAAGGACAAAAGGAGCGGCGGAGUGGGCAACAUAGACCACAUCUCAGAGGUUUGUGUGGUUGCAGUGAAUGAUGCUGGAGACAAUGGGUCUUGUAUGAUGUACCAGCCCAGGGAUAACAGUCUGCCUCUGAAAGCAGGACUCAUUGGGGGAGCUCUGGGCUUCCUGCUGCUCCUCUUGCUAGCUGUCCUGCUCUGGAGGCACAAGAGGCAAAGGAAACAGGAGGCCAGCAUCUCUAUGCAUGAAACAGCCGGGACACAGUGAACAAAAAACAGAUCUGGACGCUCAGUGAGAUAAGACUCUGUCCCAUGAAACUCCUCAGCGUCAUUGCAGUUAAUUAACCAUGACUACAUUAUUACGUCUUAGGCUUUCUGCACAAAGAGGCUCUCUGAAAAUGCAGUAAGAAACACGGUUCAUCAUCUCACAUGAAUAUAUCUGACUGGUAAUGUUCAUUUCCUAAUUCUUGUUUCAUUUUGAAAACCCACUAAAGACCCAGAAUUAGCUAUGUUUUCUGAAGAUGAAACCCAGAAGACAAACAAUAGGCAAACAAGGUAAUUUUUCGCAUUUCAAAAAUCACCAGUACGGUAAUUUAAGUAUUUAUUUAUUGAUUUCAGAGAAUUUAAUAUGUUGGUUCAUUCCUCAAAAUGAACUAACAAAAAAAACCCAAUCCUGUCUUUAAACAGAAGCUGUCGAGGCCCUGUGAAAACCAUGUGUCUCUAAAACAUCAGCUUUUCAUGAGCUAAGAAAACUGUCUUGUUUUCAGCUUUCUGUCAAUGCAUUUUUCCAGUAAUCCAAUAAGUUAUUACGUUAUUUAUUUAGCUUAAGAAAUAGCAACAUUUUCUCUACCCAUAAAGGAACACUUAAUCCUUAAAUGUAUCUGAAAAAUCAUAAUUUAUCAUAAAAUCAUCAAAUAUGGAGAUACAUGGUUUUCUUUGAACAGUGGGGAUCCAAUAGAUUUAUACUUGAGACAACAGCUGAUGGGUACAAAGGUUCAAAUGAUAAGGUAUUAUUGUUAUUAUAUUAUUAUCAGAAUAAUCUAAUCAGGGUUAGGUAGCAGUUGUUGACAUAUCAAAACGUGUCAACAACAAAAUACUGUCCACAGUAUAGAGAAAAUGUGUAUAGUGGUGUUUGAAGCUCUCUGUGAGAGUUCCUCAUUUUAUGUAUUUAAGUGUGAGUGGUGUGCUGUAUUAUGUAUUGUAUUUAUGAACAUCAUUUGGUUUGUUUCCUUAGACCUUGGACAAGUUAAGAGUUUGAUUUGACAGGUUCCCUUUGAGGAAACAAACUGAAAUCUAAAGCACACAAAACAAGGCUGACUUUUCAAACUGUAUGUGUUAAAAGUCUGACUAUUAAACUCAAGUAAAACAUUUCCUUAGUUGCUAUUACACCCAUGUGUCAAAAUAUGUAGUUCUUUAACAGCUUUUGGAUGGGUGUGUUUUUCCAUCUGUCUUAUUGUCGGAAGUUGUGUCAGCAUACUGGAUAAGCACAAGUGUUCAGUGCUGUUUUUCCAGCUGUCAUAUGAUACAAUAGCCCUAUUCAGCGGAUAUGGAUUUUGUGAAACUUGUCUCAUUCCAGCUGAGACUUCCAGUUAUCCAGCACAGGGCUGGUGAGAAGCUUCAGGCUUUUUUUUUUUUUUUGCCAUGAUGAAAAAGAGAAGAAAGUCCAAUAUUUAAAUCCUCCCAGUUUAUCUCAUGUUCAAGCCUCCAUCUGCAUGUCUCACAGCCAUGUUAUAAUUCCUUUUUGCUCUGGCUGCUGCCAGAGUUGUUCCACUGCUCCUGGCGUCUUUCUCAUUCCAACUGCACUGCACAACUUACAUCGCACGGAGCUGUAUGGAAGUCAUCUAACAGCUGUAAUUUGGAGACACAACAGAUUGUUUAUUUCAGUCGCUGAAAUGGCCUCAAGAUGUUGCUUUUAUGACACACAUUCAGAGAGUGCAGUCACUCUCAAACUGGGAGGGAAAUCUUGACUGAAUGUACCAUUAUGAGACGAAAUGCAAAAACAUGGGCUUACAAUAUCAUGUGGUGGUAGCAGCCUGCUUUAAACAGACCAAGAUAUAAUGUACCAUGCAGAAUAGGACUACAAUCAGAGCAAUGCUGUUCUGGUGAUGGUACCAGAACAGCACAUGUACUUACAGAUGAACAAAUAUACACGUAUAUGUAUCUUAUUUCAAAAUUGUGGUUUGCCUUUUUGAAAUAAACUAUUUUUGAGAAACUCUG